ACCCCCUCAUCGCCUGUACCCCCCCCGACCCCCCGCCCGCCCUGCCCAUGCCCCCCCCGCGCCCCCGCCCCCGCCCCCGCUGGGUGACCGAAUUCUUCUCCUACGAGACCACCAAGUCGGUGGUGGUGAAGAGCUGGGUGGUGGGGGCUGUCAACCGCGGCGUGCAGCUCCUCAUCCUCGCUUACUUCGUCGGGUGGGUGUUCCUCCACGAAAAAGCCUACCAGGUGCGCGACACCGUCAUCGAGUCCUCGGUGGUGACCAAGGUCAAGGGCAUCGGGCGCUAUGCCGGCCGGGUGCUGGACACGGCCGACUACGUCACCCCCCACCAGGGCACCUCGGUGUUCGUGGUGGUCACCAAGCAGAUCCUGACGGAGAACCAGGCGCAGGGCGUGUGCCCGGAGAGCGAAGCCGAGUACCGCUGCACGGCCGACCGCGACUGCCGGGAGAAGGGUCCCGCCACGGGCAGCGGGCUGCUGACGGGGCGCUGCGUCCCCUACAACGGGACCCUGCGCUCCUGCGAGAUCCGCGGCUGGUGCCCGCCCGAGGUGGACACGGUGGACGUCCCCGUCAUGCUGGAAGCCGAGAACUUCACCCUCUUCAUCAAGAACAGCAUCCGCUUCCCGCUGUUCGGCUUCGAGAAGGCCAACCUGCCACCCCCCGGCAGCGGGGGGGAGCUGGGGCGCUGCCGGUUCCACCCCGAGCGGGAGCCCCUCUGCCCCAUCCUGCGGCUGGGGGACGUGGUGCGCCUCGCCGGGCAGGACUUCCCCACGCUGGCUGCCACCGGGGGGGUGCUGGGCAUCAAGAUCGGGUGGGUGUGCGACCUGGACCGCGCCUGGGAGCGCUGCCUGCCCCGAUACUCCUUCACCCGCCUGGACGGCCGCGCCCGCCCCCCCGCCCCCGCUCCCGGGUACAACUUCAGGCACGCCAGGUACUACCGCUGGCGGGACGGCACCGAGCGCCGCACCCUCACCAAGGCCUUCGGCAUCCGCUUUGACGUCCUGGUGUACGGCAACGCUGGGAAGUUUGGCAUCGUCCCCACCCUCAUCAACACGGUGGCGGCUUUCACCUCCAUCGGUGUGGGCACGGUCCUGUGCGAUAUCAUCCUGCUCAACUUCCUGAAGGGAGCCGAGCACUACAAGGCCCGCAAGUUCGAGGAGGUGCCAGAGGCCAGCGUGCCCGCGCCCCCCGCCAGCCCCACAGCGUGUCCCCUCGGGGCGCUGGGGGGCUGCACCCGAGACAAGCAGUCCACUGACUCGGGCACUUUCUCCCUCAGCCUCUAGCCCUGGGUGCCGUGGGGCAGCCCCCCACCUGCCCCCCACUCUGUGGCAGCCCCCUGCCUGUGCCCGGCUGGGGGUUCCCCUGCACCCUCCCCCUAUCCCUCCCAGUGGAUGGCACCCCCUUUCCCACACUAUCAAUGGGACAGGGCACAGGGGACCUAUGGGGCGGUGCGGGUGACGCUGGUGGCAGUGGGGACAAUGUCGAGGGUGGCAGCAGGAGCACAGGGGACAGGGUGGCACCGGGGA